CUCCCGGGAACUGUGGGACGCCAUCUAAAGUUAUCAUCAGAGAGCAAAAAUUGUGACAUUAUGGCGGAAUUUUCAGCGGCAUUCAAGGACAUUGCUUGUUUACAGAUGUAAAAAGGUGUAAAUCUAACUUACAGCUUCAUAUAACUUUCUUCCAAAUAUAUAAUAAUUGAAAGUGAACGAACAAGCUGUGGUGGAGUCAAAGCUCGGUAGUGAAUUUCCGUUCAACGGCAGGGGUGGGAAGAGGAUUUGGGACGGGAUCCAGCCGAUUUCCUUGGCGUAAACAAACCACAAACGGUUGAGUAAGGUUUUCCUCAUACUGAAGGUACAUAUAAGUGGCAGGCAGCUUUAAAAAUUGCUGUAAUGAGUGCCCCUGCGGUUAAACCGGCUCUUCCCACAGCUGGAGCCCAGGCCCCAAAGGUUGGAUCUGGUGCUCCUCCUACCACAACAAAUAAUCCUCCUCCUCCUGCAGGAGGACCCAAAGUUUUACCUACGACUGGCAGCCCAAAUAGACCAAUUGCACUGCCAAGUGCUAAUCAUGCUGCAGUUGGACCUGUGCCACUUAGCUUAGUACAGGAACACAAAACAGGUAGCGGCCUUAAUCAGCAGCCACCACCAGUUCCCCGAACACCAGAGAAAACUAAGGAACAUCCACUGACACUGGGAGUUAAACCCACAUCAAAUGGUGUUGAAGGAUCUCCUAAUAGACCAACUGCAACCUCCCAACCUUCAGUGGACACCAAAAAAUUGGAUGAAGGAGCUGCUGCAGCACCUGUGUUGAAUCAUUCUACUGAUAUUAUACCAGUGACUGCCACACCUCCACAGACACAGGUAUUAGCAACGGGACAACCAGCCCAGCAUAAUCCACUUGUAACUGGUGCACAAGCAAGCCAAACCAAAUCACAGCCUGCUGUAGUAUUGACAGCUGCAACAAAUCAUUCGACCCUCAAUGAUAUGAACAAGCUGGAGGGGACAGGAGUUGAAGGGAAGCCAUCAGUACCAACAGGACCAGCUCAGUCUGCAGAACCUCCCCCUCUGACAGCACCUCCUGGGUCCACAGCUGUACCUCCUGCACCAUCUUCCACUCAGCAUCAGCAAGUACAACAGUCUCAGCUUCUACAGCCAGCUCCUCCACAACCACAGCAGACUCAGCAAGUGCUACCUCAACAACAGCAGCAGCAACAGUCACCACCACAACAACAACCGCAGCCCCCAGCACCACCACAGCAGCAAAUACCGUUGUUACCAGUGCAGCAGGAGCAUAAACCAGCCUCAGUUUUAGCAGAUGCCGCUAAAUCCAGGACAGAGGCCCCUAAACCUGAGUUCAAGGUGGCUACUCCACCAAGAAAUAGCAAGAGGAAAAGAGAAAUGAAGCCACUAACAGAAACGGCAGUGUCUCCAGCUUCGGAGCAUGAUGAUCGCAAAUCAAAGCGUGUUCGCACGCAAACUCAGCCUUAUCAGAGUCCCCUGCCAGAGUUGACAUAUAUCACCAAACUGAAGACAUUCUUGAAGUCACCAGAUAAGAAAGUGAAGACACGUAACGAUAAACUAAUAGUCUUUUACAAGAAUGAAUUUCUUGCGGUUCGCAAUGCAGAAGGCAGCUUUUAUAUUUGUCAGGCAAUGCAGAAUAUCUACAAAGCCAGUGCUCGUUUCCGGAUACGAUGGUUGUCUCAAGAGAAGAAAGACAACAAGCCUACUGACGUGUAUAUUCCAGAUUUCUACGAUGCCACAGAGUUUGACUGCAUCCUUACAAGUCUGGAAUUGGAGAAACUGGAGAAAAACAAGUAUCAUCUUCCAGAAGAAGAACGAGAAAGGACUCAGAGUAUUCUUAAACGGGCACUUGAUGUGGAAAAGGGUGUUGCAGAGAAGCCCCCUAUCACAGAAGAGCAUCCUGAUGGAUUGGAUUUGUCACUUUUCUGUGAUGAGUCUCAGCUGAAGAAGAGAAAAAGCUUAAAGCGAACUCCAAGAAGGAAGGGAAAAGAAAAUACAUCGGGUGCAGAGGAUGGUUAUGAAGGGUUGACUGGUGAUGAAUCAGAAGAGGAAGUAAAAAAGAAGCCAAAACCAAACAAAAGAGUGGAGAAACCCAAGGUUUCUGUGAAGGAAAAAGUAAAGACGAAAGAGAAGCCAGUCGAGAAGAGGGCAGAACGUACCUCUGAACGUGGACGUGACCGAGGGCUGGCAGCAAAGAGGAGAAGUGAAUCGACAACAGCUGCUGCAGCCGCCGCAGCAGCAGUCAAGAAUGCUGCUGUGAAACAGACCGUGGCAAAACAUGUUGUAGUGAGGCAGUCUCUAGCUAAGGCACCCGAAAAGAAACCCAGGAUUGUGGCCAAGCCCACAAAGAAACCAGAGCCUGUGGCAGAAAGCAGUAUUCCCACUCGGUCAACCAAGACAAGAAGUGUGAAAGUGACUUCACAGCCCAAGAACUCACCCGUUACAAGGACCAAGGAACGUGAGCACAGGGGAGCAACCCCUGCCAAAGGGAGGAAGAAACCAGGAAAGAAAGCUUAAACUGACAAGGCAUGCAAGUGAAGUAAACAGUUAAACAAACAAUUCUGUUUUCACAGAGGUGUGGAUGUGGCAGGAAUCAACAUUUCUUCUCUGCCUUCACAAUACAAAGGGAACAGUUUUUCUUGUCUGCUACCGUUUGUACACCAACAGACAGGAGUUUUAUACUACAAGUGUAUGAUGGAACCUGGAGAACUUUAAGCACACCCUUUUUUAUUCAGAAUAAUAUGUGCUGAACCCGUUAUUGAUGGCUAACGAAUGUCGUAUUGUGGAUCAUUUGGGCAAAAAAAAAAAAGUAUCAUAGCGAAAAUGUAAGGACCCAUAAUAGGUAAACAUGAUUUGGACAGAAACUUCUGAACAGUCAUUUUGGUUAUGCCACUGACAAAAGUAAAUCCCUUCCCAACUGUAGAAUUUCAUACAUACACACAUGCAGUAAUGAUUUAUUGGUGUCCUUGGUACUCUGCUGUGGCCAGCAGAGUUGAUGAUGUUUACAGUGGAUGUAUUUUAUCAUAUGAUGUUCGAAUAGUACCGUACAUUACAGAGUUGUCCUUGCCACACAAUUACGUAUGUUUGUUGUGUUGAUGUGUGAAAUGGAUCGACCUUACAAGUAAUGGUAGAAUCUAACAUUCUGAUAGGUUCAGCGGGAAUAUUGACAGUUAUAUAACUUCUUUUCAUUGCAAAUUGUAUACUUACAAAUUGAUACCAUGAUUGCAUUUUACUUGGAAGUGUGUUUUAGGAGUAAUCUUAUUGUUUGGUUUUAUUGCAUAGCUCUCAUAUCUUAUUGAUUACUCUUCACUAGAUAGCUUUGUAUCCGUCUUUUCUUUCACUUUUUGAUGAGAGAUUAGUGGGUGAGAUUAGUUUCAUUAAAAUAAGAAAAUCGACACAUAUUACCGUAAAGAGUAAUGUCAAGUUUGCAGCCAUUUGUAGAUCACAAUUUAUUUUCUGUUUUUGUGAAUAGUGCACAUUGCAUUAUGAAAUUAUUCAUUUAUAUUAAUUUAAGAAACUUGCUGGAUGACUGGGAGAUCUGUGCGACUAAAACCAUAGAGGUGGCACUUAAGAGAUUGUUAGUCUGCAUUUCUUUUUUGAUAUGUACAUUUGGGAAUUGAUAUAUUUUAUCACAGUCCUUAUGAAGAUGAAGAUUAAGGAUAUACAUUUUAGAGAGCGUUAUUGCUGUGCAUUUGAAACUAGCACAUUUCACGAGGUCUUAGUUUAGCGGACUGCAUUAUAAAAUGCAGACUGUACUCCAGAACAGUCGAACCAAGCCACUAGCACACUUGGCAGAUACUUGUCAGGCACACCUCACUUAUUCUUUACACUGUCUAGAUUGUAUCCUAGGUAGAUCUGAAUUUACACAGACAUUGUAGAAUGUGCCAUGUUUCUUAAAUAAACCACAUUAGAAAAUUAUAAUGGACCUCUGCAAGAUGAGAUUCCAGUUAACUGCACAUAGAAUCUUGGAUCUCAUGUUCACAGGGCCAUGUUGUAUUUAUUUUUCUAUUUAACAUUUCAAGGAAUGCAGAUUACUUGUAGGUCUUGGUGUGUCACAGGGGUGGAAAAAUCCUGGGAGGCCAAAGGAUGUAAUCAUUUUAUUUAAGUAUUGGUAGAAAUGGUGGCCUUAGAUGUGAACUUACAACUUUAAAAGCUGUUGUAGAGAACAACAGUUGCACUGUCAAUGAAAUGCACAUUUCUCUGAGUUAAUGUGCCUCCUUUAUGAUGCAUUUAGGAUAUAAUUUUGUUGUAAAGCAUAAAACAAUUCAUAUUUAUCUAAACUGUUGUUCAUAAUAAAAAUAUUAAAAUCAUGAUAAAAUGAGGACAUACAGGUAAAUUACUAGGAUGAGGGAGGACAUAACUCCAUACAGUGCAACCCUCGUCUAGUGUUACUCAGCGUUUUCUCUCAAAUUCAUUCCUUGAGCUCAGUGCUAAGUAUCAUCCAUUGUACAGACUGAGUUUUUGGACCUUAUCCAUCUUUUUUUUUUAUUUAAAACAACGAUUUGGAGACUGGAUUCUGUCUGUCUUCAGAUAAAAAAGCUACUCAGUUGGGCCCAAUUGGUAGAGCUAGUCCCUGCCUCCAGACCAACUUUUAGAUCUUGUUUAUCCGUUAUGUGCAAGAAUACUGUUCCCCAAAGAAACCUUAAAUGGAGGUUUCAAUGUAUGUUGAUAAUCACAUGGCAGUUACUUGUAAUAAUUUUCCUGCAAUUAAUGGAAGUUUGUGAAGUACAAAAUUUAUCUUUGUGGUCACACUGUAGAUGAUAUAUUCUUGUGAGAUUUGAGAUACAGUGAUGAAUAUGAAGGUUGCUGUCUUCUUAGAUAUGAUGUUGGUAGAUCAUUAUCAACAUUUCAGAUAAACCUGUUUCCCCCAUUUUCAGGGCAGAAGAGUAAGCUAUAUGAGGAUCCCCCCCCCCCGCAGUUUUCCUUAUUGCCGUUGGCUCCCUCUAGUGCAGGUCAUUUUCUGUAGCACUUUCUUCCAUGCUUGGCUUACUCUUCUACCUGAAGAUGAGACAGUAUUCAAAAUGCUGUAAUGAUCCACCAGACUGUGUGGUGUCAUCCUGGAAGAAAGUAAUUUUCAUGUAUCGGGUUUUGUACAAGCCCAUGGCAGUACAUGCACUUACAAAACUCUACAAGGGAGUGUGUGGUCCCCUUUACACCCUAGCAGCCACAUUUCUUACUGAGUCAGUUCUUUGGGCCUGACAUUGGCAUUCUUCCAUCCUGUUUUAAACUUGAAUUCAUAAUUUCCUGUUAGGGUGUAUAUAAAUGAACCAGUGCUUGCUUUCUUAGCUGGCAGCUGAAGAACCUAGUUUACUUGGGGGGGAAGAAAAGAAAAACGUUAUUACCCUGAAAAUUUCUUGGAAUAUUUUUCCACCCCUGUUUGUAACAUCCCUGUCCCAAUUUAAUUAUUUUUGGCAUCAGAGAUGCCAACUUCUGAAGUAAUAUUUCCACCUCCUGUUGCAAAUUUUGUGUUUGACUUACUGCAUAAGUAAAACAGAUGCCUGUAAAAUGAGUCGUAGCUCACAUUUUGUCACUGUUGUAUGUUAGAAAUAUAUUUAGAACUCUUCUCAGUCAUCCCCUAUCCUCUUGUAGAAUCCUGGUAAAGAUCAAUGCACUAAAUGGAAGAAACAGUUUGCAUUCAUACCUUUAAACUAUGUUAAUCCUUGUAAGUUAUUAAUUUGAGUUAGGAAUUCCAAAAUAUGUAACAGUGAAUAUAAUAUGUAGAUAAUGUUAAUGGGAAAUAUGGAGGGUAAUUGGCAUCUCUAAUGUAAAAUAUUUUGCAUAUCAGGUUUGCAAAAAAUCUUGGAUGUUAAUGAACAUAUGCAACAAAUAUAUGAAUGGUUGCAAAUUUCACUACUGUGAACACAGCUGUACUGUAAAGAACAGUGAUCAAACUGCUCCUAGAUUUUAGCAAUCCUGUGAAAGUAUCUUAUAUAUUAAUUACAAGAUCUGUAAAAGUAUGUUUUCCUUCCUUCCCCUUUUCCAUCAUUCAAUAAAUGUUACAGAGAAUUCA